GAUUCUCUCCCCAUUAAAAGAGGAAAACAAAACUCAAAUUUCUAUUGUCAUCCUCAAUUCCAUUCCAAUUCCCAUUUCACCCAUCAAUCCCCUCCUUAAUUUCCGUUCAAUUUCCCCUCCCCAGCAACGACAAUUAUACUCCUGUUCACCUAAUUUUGAGUUUUUACAGCUGGAAUCCCAAUUCCCCUCCAGAAUUUCUCAAACUUAUUUUUCUAGGGUUUGUUUCUUGGUUUCAAAUAAUCUGUUAUUGAAAAACGUCCAGAAUUCUGCUGGGAUUGCAUCGAGAAUAGUUUCGAUUUUUGGGUUUGAGAAAAUAUUUAAUUAGAGAUGAGUUUUCAAGAUCUAGAAUCUGGUCGGGGAUUGGGGUCCCGUAGGGAUUACAUAAAUGGGAAGCAAGAUCCGACCCAAGCCGUGGCUUCGGGAAUUUUCCAGAUCAAUACUGCCGUAUCCACCUUCCAGCGCCUCGUCAAUACACUUGGUACCCCUAAGGAUACACCUGAGCUCCGUGAAAAGCUGCAUAAAACUAGGCUACAUAUUGGACAAUUGGUGAAGGAUACUUCAGCUAAACUUAAGCAAGCUAGUGAAACAGAUCAUCAUGUUGAAGUCAGUGCAAGCAAGAAAAUAACAGAUGCUAAACUCGCAAAAGAUUUUCAAGCAGUAUUAAAGGAGUUUCAGAAGGCGCAGCGGCUUGCAGCUGAGAGGGAGACGGCAUAUACUCCUUUUGUUCCCCAGGCAGUUCUUCCUUCGAGCUAUGUAGCUAAUGAGAUAGAUGUAAGUGCGGAUAAGAGUCCAGAACAGCGAGCUCUUCUCGUGGAAUCUAGAAGACAGGAGGUUUUACUCUUGGACAAUGAGAUUUCCUUCAAUGAGGCGAUUAUAGAGGAAAGAGAGCAGGGUAUAAAUGAGAUACAGCAACAAAUUGGUGAAGUGAAUGAGAUUUUCAAAGAUCUUGCUGUGCUAGUUCAUGAGCAAGGAGCUAUGAUUGAUGAUAUUGGUUCCAACAUUGAGAAUGCUAAUGCUGCAACUGCACAGGGGAAAUCCCAACUUGUCAAAGCUUCUAAGACCCAAAGAUCUAACUCGUCCUUGACUUGCUUACUCCUGGUGAUAUUUGGCAUAGUGCUUCUCAUAGUGAUUAUAGUACUUGCAGCCUAGUCAGUGGAGCUCUUAAAUGCAGUCAACCAGAGUCGAGGAGAUGGUUUAAGAAAUCUUUUUUUUUCUGUUGAUCUUUGUGGUUUCAAGUCGUUUUACAGUAUAUCUCUUUCUUUUAAAGUGUGUUGCUUCUUUAAACAAGGGGCUUCGUGACAAAAUCUAUAUGGUUCCACUAUAAUUUAAUCUGAAUUAUAUGCAGCGUGGGAGAUUGUGUGUUCUAUUUGUAUAUUGGUGUUCCAAUUUCUGGAUCGUUGAUUGCCAUGUCAUGCAUGGGAAGUGUCAAUAAAGUUGGAUUAUGGUUUGGAUCACCUUCUUUGUAUUUUGCAAUGAAAUUUCAGUCUUCAUGAA